CAUUUUCAGGUUUGAAGAUUAGUUUAGAAUUUGACUAAAAUGUCAAGUUUAUUCUGGAUCUACUUAUGAAAACCCCGCUGAUGGUAGUGAAUCGAUACUUCUAUGUUUUUGAUUAGCGUGUCUUGUUCUACGAAAUGGUAAAAGCCAUGGUUGGAGGGUGCUGUGUAUGUUCAGAUGAGCGUGGCUGGGACGAAAACCCCCUUGUAUACUGCGAUGGUCAUGGAUGUAAUGUGGCGGUUCAUCAAGCUUGCUAUGGAAUCGUCCAGGUGCCGAAAGGCCCUUGGUUUUGUCGAAAGUGUGAAUCCCAAGAGAGAAUUGCUAGAGUGAAAUGUGAGUUAUGCCCUUCCAAAAGUGGUGCACUUAAGAGGACUGACAAUGGAGGCUGGGCUCAUGUUGUAUGUGCCUUGUACAUACCUGAAGUUCGUUUUGGAAAUGUUACGACAAUGGAGCCAAUUAUUUUAGCGUCAGUUCCACAUGAACGUUACCUUAAAAUGUGUUACAUUUGUGAAGAGAGAGGAAAAGAGAGCAAAACUGCACAUGGUUGCUGUAUGAACUGUAACAAGCAAGGUUGUCGUCAAACCUUUCAUGUCACUUGUGCUCAAAGCUGUGGUUUUCUCUGUGAAGAAAACGAUGGUCAGUCUGGUCCUACAGUAAAAUAUGUUGGUUACUGUCAGUUUCAUUGGAAUAGAAGAAACAAAGGUCUUCUUGAUGUCAAUAAAACACCAGAUAAAGGAGUCAAGUUAAAGUUGGAUAAAGAUAAAGAGAAAAAGCCAAAACCCAGAACCAGUAGUGAAAGCUCAACUAGUUCUCUCCCAAAUAAAGAUAAAGUGGUUUCCAACAAUGCCUUGCCAGUUGCUAUAACUGAUACCUUGGUCUCCUCUCCAAGCAGUGUAGCUGUUACUAUGACUAUGCCUAAGCCACGGGGUAGAAAACCAGCAACAGUGAAGACUCUUCCUUCUCCCUGUAACAAUUUGUCUUCAAAUGAUGUUUCAUUAAAGGCACAACAUAGUACAGAAGUGAAAGGGUCUCCUUUGAAUACAGCUUCUCCUAAGACUAUCCCAUCACCACCAGUUAAGGAUACUCCUGCAUCAGUGAAUACAAGCACAUUAGUAGAUGUCAUUACUGUUACCACCAACUCAGAUAUCUCUCCUGUACAAAACUCAAAGAACAUUUUAUCAACACCGCAGAGUUUAGCUAAACCAGUCUCGACACCAUCCCCUGGUAAUGCUGGCAUACCAAAAACAACAUCACAAGCAAAGCCUUUGGUGAAGUCAGGUCCUGUAAAAAAGCCAGCUAAUGAGGUAAAACAAGCUGCUAAGAAAAGACCCAGUUCUAAGUCUGGUGAUGAACCAAAAAGAAAAGUCGGACGUCCACUAAAACACAAGACUGGUGACUCUAAACCUAGGACUGCUUCAAAGCCUGCUAAACCAAGAUCCCAGAGUAAAAGUAAAGAGACAAGAAGUCCUUCAAUCUCUUCACAAAGAACUACUCCAAGUCAUUCUGUGUAUAAUAGUAUAACAACAUCAAGCCCUGUACCUAUCCACACAAGUUUACCACUCAAUCAAAGUACUGAUCAAUAUGUUAUUCCUCAACCAAGGCUUGCAGGACAACUAGAAAAUGGUCAUCGAAUACAAGAACAAGCAAAUAAGCAUAGUAAUGGACCACUCCAACUACCUAACAGUCUUGAGCAGUUGUUGGAAUAUCAGUGGGAACAAGGAGCACAGUUCCUAAUGCAACAAGCCUCUCAGUAUGAUGUUGCAUCAUUAAUGUCAAGCUUGCACCAACUCAAGGCUGAUAACAGUCGUUUAGAAAACCGUUUAGAGUCACUUCUUUCAAGGAGAAGUCAACUUCUUCAAGUCAGCUCGAGAUUAUCAGCGUCAAUGUCUUGUACACCAACUGGAACAUUAACAACAACUACCAAUACCUCAAAUAAACAACCGGUAACCAGUAAAAUAACAGCAACAACCAUCUCAACAACUCAAAUUACUAAAACAGUGGCAGUCACAAAGACAACUAACUCUGUAGCUAAUGUAGACAUUGCUUCUAAAGUUACUCCAUCAUUGCUACCAUUAAACAAUACAUCUAUUGAGAGUAAGUACUCUGCACUAAAAGGAAAGAAUGAUGUUGGUAAGUCUUCGCCAAUAAAAUUGACUACAGCUGUUACAAGUGGAAGUUUAUUAUCAAGUCAAACACCAGCUAUACAAAAAGUGGUUACACAAAAAACUGUUGCUGUUCAACCAAACCAAAUAAAAAUUACAAUGGUGCAGCCACAUGCUCCAACAUCAGAAAAGGACAAGCAGAAAACAACUACAGCUGCACCAAUUGCAAUAUUACCAACAGCCCAUACACUGCCCAGCCAAUUUCUACAAAAUCAACAGCUUCAAGUUUUACAGACACAAGCGAAAGCACCUCAAACUAAUCAGGGUAAAACCCAUAAGCAGCCUAUUCUUCUACCACAUCAAACUGUGACAAGCCAAACAUUUACAACACAACCCUUUCCUCAGCAGCAACUUGUGCUGCUUAUGCAACAACAACAGCAGCUUCAACAGCAGUUACAGCGACAAGUCACAGACCAGCGCUUAACAACUGGCCAGAACCAGUUGUCAGCAGCUCAAAAUAAAAAUGCUUCGACAACACAAAAGUUUAUCCCAUCAGCCAUGCAGCUGGGUUAUCCUGGAAAUUUUGUUACUUUUAGUGAAGCAUUAGCAGGACAACACAUUGAUGUCAGUAAAGCAGCUGCUUUUACUACAUUACCUUUGGUGCAGUUGGACAAGUCUAAGGGAAUGGAUCUGGACAAAAAUGGGGCAGCCUUAACUGGAGAAAAAGCAGGAAAGAAGUAAUAUGUGUGAUAUGAACUGCAACACUACAAAGAAAACUUUAUCAACUUGAGAAAGACAAUUCAUAUUUAGACUCAAAUAGAAAGUUUUCUGUUUGUGGUAUACCUAGAAGAACUUUUUUAUUUAAUAUGGAACAUUUUUAUGGGUGUUUUACAGUCAAAUGCAGUCACUCUCUUACAUUGUUCAAUACCUCCAAUAUUAUUGUGUAGAUUUUAACAAACGAAUAUUCCAUUUGUAACUGCUGUUAUACCAGUAGACAUACGAAGACCAAGCAAUUUCACAGAAAAUCCAACUCUUUUGCUCCAUAGGCAGUAAAGGCACUGUGUGACCCCACCUCUCAUAAUCCCACCUCCAAACAAAAUAUCUAUAUAUAUACAUGUAACAUUGUUUAAAAUAAUUACAACAGUGCCAUUGAUUUAGGACAGGUAGAGUCACAUGGUGCCAGUGAUCAACUAGGUCUAGGUUUCAAUACCAUCUUUCACUUUAUUAUGUGUCAAACUCUAUGUGUGAUCCUUUUCUCAGUAAUGUAUAGCCAUCUUUAUUACUGGUAUGUCUCAAGGCUUCAUUGAAGUCACUGCUUGAAAACCAAUAAAACCUUUUUAAAAUAG